UAAACAACCCAUUAUCCGCGUUGUCUCUUUUAGGUAUACUUGCUUACCAAGACUUCCUCCUUUACCCAUCCUGCGCUUCACGACUAGUACCACUAGCUUGACAUGCAAGUGGAAUAAAGUCACCACCAGCUUAGAAAUCGUGUAUCCGGUCGCCAUGCUUGCUGAUAUGCUUCCCCGGCGGGCAGCACAGGCAUGCAGUCGGGGAAGCCAAGGCCUAUGCCCUACUUUUAGGCAGAUGAUCAGCGGCCGACAAUGGGCGCUGCCCUGUGCACAUGCGUGGGCCACUGUCGCCGCGUCUCGACGUCGGCGAGGAAGUUUGUGCGUGGCAGGAGUUGGGGCUGCAGACCACGGGGUUUUGCGCGCGGAAAACAUGAGCGAGGACUCCCCGGAGCUUGCGGCGACGAAGAAGAACCUCAGCGAGGCGCUGGCAAAGGUCGAAGCACUCUCGCAGCAAGUCUCAAUCGUGGAGGAGCUUCAAACCCAAAUGGCGGAGCAGGACGAGGUAAUAACGGAGCUUCAGCAACUCAUCGAGAGCGAUAAGCAGAAACAGGACGCCGAGCGGCAAUCCCUCACCACCCAGCUGUCAGACCUCCAAAACCAACUCCUUUCUACCAGCGCGGAUCUAGACGCAGCACAACGCAAACUCAACGCCCUGCCCGACAUCCAGCAGCUUCAGCAGCAGGUGGCGCGGCUAAGCGAAGCAGAAGCGCAGCUGCAGGCGGCUCGCUCUCAGCUGGCGCGGCUGGCAGAGCUAGAGGAGUUGCAGCAGGAGCGGCAGCGGCUGCAGGAGCAGCUGGAGGAGCAGGAGCGCCGGAGCGCCCAGCUGUUGGGGGAGCUGGGGGCGGCGAGGGCGCAGGUUGCGGAGGCGCAGGCAGCGGCGGCAGCGGCCCGGGCGGAGGCGCAGGAGGCCCAGGCGGCUCUGUCCCGCAAGGUGGACGAGCUAGCCGCCAUUGAGGCUGACGUGGAGGCCAUGCGGAAGACCAUGAGCAAGGGCGGCAAGCGGGGCCGGCAGCCCAAGGUGCCGCCUGCGAAGGGCGCAGCCAAGGGCUUUGGCACGCCGGCUGCGACUGGGGCGGGGGCGGGUGCGACAGCAGCGUCCGCAGCGACUCCUCAGCCCGUGGCGGCUGCUGCGGGUGCCGGAUCGGAGAACCACCUGAGACAGGAACUCAAGCAGGCGCAGAGCGAGCUGGAGCAGCUGCAGGUGUCGCUGGAUGAGCGCGAGGGGCAGCUGCAGGCGGCUCAGAGCGCUGUGGAGUUCCUUACCAGUCAGUGCAAGGAGCAGGAGCUGCAGCUCUCCUCCCUGCGCGCCCAGCUGGACUCCCUGCACUCCGACCUGCAGACGCGGGUGGCCAGCGAGGCGGCGCUAGAGCAGCACGUGGCGGCGCUGGGGCGGCAGCUGAGGCAGGAGCAGGAGGAGCGGGCGGAGCAGGUGGCGGCGCUGCAGCAGGAGCUGGAGUCCCAGUCCCAGGAGCGGUCCUCCCUGGCUGCGCAGCGUCAGGAGCUGCUGUCCCAGGUGGAAGGGCUGCGGUCCUCCCUGGACGCGGUGGAGCAGCGGCGGGCGGUGCAGGACGAGGCGGCGGCGGAGCUGGAUGUGUCGCUGCAGGAGCUGAGGGCGGAGGUUGAGGCUGCUCAGCACCUGCAGGUGGACCUAGCGGUGCUGGCGGAGGCCUACCACGCGCGCGAGGAGGAGCUGGCGGUGACCCGCGGGUCACUGCAGCAGGCGGAGGGGCGCGAGCAGGCGCUGCGGGAGCAGCUGGCGGCGGCGGAGGGGGGGCUUGGGGAGUUCAAGGACAUGCUCCGCGAGCUGCAGGCGACCAAUGAGGAGCUGGAGGGCCGCUUCGUGGCGCUCGCAGCGGAGCGGGGGCAGCAGGCGGCGGCGGAGGAGCGGGCGGUGGCGGCGGAGGGGGCGGCGGCGGCGCUGAGGCAGCAGCUGGAGGCAACCAACCGGGCCCUCUCUGAGGCCUCCCAGGCCCUCUCCGCGGCUCGUUCCGCGGAGGCCAGCCAUCGCAGCGCCGCGCAGUCCCUGAGCGAGCGACUGGCGGGGGAGCAGGCGGCGGCGCUGCGGCAGGGGCGGGAGGUGGAGGCGCUGAGGGGGCAGGUGGCGCUGCUCAGCGAGCAGGUAUCCCUGCUCUCCGCCUCCGAGGGCACCGUAGCCGAGCUGCGGGGGGCGCUCAGCCGCUCUCAGACGGAGCUGGCGUCGGCUCGCAGCGCGGCGUCGCAGGCGGCGGCAGCGGCGGCGGAGGCGCAGAGCAUGGACGCCGAGCGCCUACAGCGCGAGCUGGCCUUCGCCUCCGCAGCCCUAGCAGAGCGAGAGUCCGCCCUUGCCCUCACCCGCCGAGCAGCCGAAGCCACCGAAGCCGAGCUACGCGCCGCAAAGCGGCAGGCGGAGGCAGCGGCGGCGGAGGCAGCCGCCUUGCGAUCCCAGGUCACGGCCCUCAGCGGUGAACUCGCCACUGUACGACAAGAGCAGGAACGACAGGAGCGCGAGCGUCGUACGGCAGAUGCGGAGCGGGCUGAGAGGGAGCGACAGCAGGAGGCGGCGUUUGAGGCGUUGAGGGUGUUGCAGCAAGAGCUGGCGGCGGAGGCGGUGGCGACGUUGGAGCUGCUGAGUAAGGCGGAGGGACUGGUGACGGCAGCGGCUGCGGCGGGAGAGGCGGGGCAGGGAGCGGUGGUGGUGGCGGCGGGAGGUGCGGGUGGUGAAGGGGGAGAGACGGCGCUGCAGCAAGCCCGCACUGACCUGGACGUCCAGACGGAGCUGUGGGAGGCGGAGCGGCAGCGCUCGGCCGCCCUGGAGCGGGAGGUGGCCGCCCUGUCCUCGCAACUGCGGGAGGCGGUGCUGGGCAGGCCGGUAAUGACAGCAGGGGGAGCAGGAGAAGGAGGAGCUGCGGGUGCUUUGAUGCAGGAGGAGCAGCAGCAGCAUGUGCCAACCAGUGGGCCGGCGGCAGCACCAGCAGCAGCAGCAGCAGCUGGUGCUGCUGCGACUCCUGUGCUGCUGUCCUCAUUUGCUGCUGGCGUGGCACUGGGUGGUGCUGGUGCUGGUGUUGGUGCUCGCGGCGGUGUUGCGGGUGGCAGCGGAGGGCGGUUGGAGGCACUGGAGGCGGCCAACCUGAGGCUGCUGGAGGAGCUGGGAGGCGCGAGGGACCGGGCGCUGGCGGCGCGGGCGGAGACGGAGGCCAUGCAGACUCGGGUGCAGUUCCUGGAGCGGGAGUUGCGCUCCCGAGAUGCGCUCAUCUCCGACCUCCGCAGCGGCGGCAGCGGUGCUGCAGGUGGCGGUGCAGGCAGCGGCAGGGGGGCGGCAGCAGGGCGACAGCUGGAGACUUUGGCGGCGCAGCUGAAGGCGCUACAGGAGGAGAACACGCAACUGAAGCAAUCGGCGGCCAGGCAGCAUCAGCUGCUCAACCAGACCCGGCGCUUCUUCAAGAAGAAAAUCAUGAGCACGGUUGCUGGAAACGGUCUUGACGGUGUCGAGAGUACCAAUGGUGUCGGCAGCAGCAAUGACAACAACGGUCAUCACGCGAUGAAUGAUUUGCAGGUGGCUGCAGCGGCGGCAGCAGCAGGAGGGUUGAGGGGUGGUCGUGCUGGCAGCAACGGCACCAACAAUGGCAACGGGUAUCAGCAGUAGCGGCAGAAGGAGCGGAGGUGGAACGUUGGCUCACCAGGAGGAAGAGAUUGUCCUUGUUGGUGCUGUUUGGAUUUGGUGUAGUUUGAGUGUGAGGGCUUCUGGUUGGUGGAAUAGCCAUUUCAUGGUUUGACAGCUGUGUUGAACGAUCGCGGGAUCGAAAAACGGUGUGAUGCUUGGGGGCUUGUAACGUUAAGCAGAUUUUUAACCGCCUGUAUACUACGUCAUAUGUUCUCUGGGGGUGGUAGGGGGUGUGGUCGUUUGGUCGUAGGAAGUUGUAAGGGCAACGGGUGGCGUUGUGCUGGAGGCAUCUGUAGGAGCAGUGCAGGGUGAGGGUAGCCCGGGGAGGGGUGCUGGACUGCUUGGGGGCCCUGCGAUUUACUAUUUGCUACCGGUAUUUGUUAGUGUCGGUACUUUAUGGGUUACUAGAGGUCCUGUCAGUUUGUCACUGUAGCUGUGGUCUUUGUUUCGUGAUGCUUUUGACGAGUUUUGAGUGGUCUGAGCAGCUCUGGUGCGCGUUUGGGGGACUCAGCUGAUGCACCCCUGAAGUAGGGGACAUCCGACCAUCCCAUCCUGCAUCAUGUUUUUGUUGCAAUAAAACCCUGCAGUUCAUCUUGUUCCAUUCCAUGCGGUCUGGAAUGCCACCGGGCACGUCCUGCCUCAAUGGUUGUAACCUUGUAAUCGCAGAACGUAACAUGAGAUCCGCCUGUGGUGCAGCGCGCGAGG